GGAAAGCUAUAACAACAAAAAUAUAAAAUCACCUUAAAACAAAGAAAAAAAAACAUAUUCCGACGAGUGUGAUCGAAACGGCGAUGGUUGACCAGCAACGUAGUCGCCGUGUUGCCGUGGUGGUGGCGGUACUAUUAUUACAACUGGUGGUAGUGAGCGAUCUGUGGAAUACGGUGGGAGCUGCGAAUUCGGUGUCGGCUUUCGUUCAGAACGCAAUUUUGUCCAACAAGAUUGUCAUCUUCUCCAAGUCCUAUUGCCCGUAUUGCUUGCGGUCGAAACGUAUAUUUAGCCAACUUAAGGAAGAGCCAUUUGUUGUUGAGCUUGAUCUGAGAGAGGACGGAGAUCAAAUCCAGUAUGAGCUUUUAGAGUUCGUUGGCCGCCGUACUGUCCCUCAAGUUUUUGUUAACGGCAAGCAUAUCGGUGGAUCUGAUGAUCUUGCAGCUGCUAUGGAGAAUGGUCAGUUGCAAAAGCUUCUUGCUGCCAGUUGAUUUUGCACAACCUGGAAUGUGGAAUUUAAUGUGAUUUAGAGGAUAUAGGGAUACUAUUUGCUACUAAUAGUAGACUGAAUAAGUGAUAUUGGUAUGUCUCUGUGUGUCUGAUUUCUCCUUAUAUAAGUUAUUGGUAUGAUGCAUUGAUAAAGUCUUGAUCUUUCGUUAUCACACCAUUGCUCUGGUGAUGGUUUUUGCUUAACAUAGUCUAUACUUGUGUGCUUUAUGGCAAAUGGUCCAUACCGCAAAGAUCCAAUCACUGUUACCAAGUACAAAAACAGUGAUGUAUGUUGUAACCACAACUGCUGUUUAUCUCUUCUAUUGGUAUAUAUAUUAUUAUAGUGCUA